AUGAACCGCCGAAGGAAGGCGUCCAACGCUCCCAGGCCCUCUGCCCAACCCAAGGCCCCAGUAACCGUCUCCCCCCCUGCUGCCCCCGCCGCUCCCGCCACGAUGCCUUCCAGAGUCUCCCCGCCACCGAGGACCGCUGCGCCCUCCAUCCCAGCCUCUGUCCAACCUAAACCUGUCCCUGCGCCGCCUCGAUCGUCUCCCCAACCCCCUGCGAAACCGUCCGUAUCGCCACCCAAGCCCGGCCCUGCGCCCGCCCCUCUAAACCAAAAGUCCGCCUUCUCUACUGCGCCGAAAGGCGUACCUCCCCCGGCCCAGCGCCGCGUCCAGACUCGUGCCGACCUCGUUCGUAUCCAAUGGCGCCGAUUCAGUGCCGAGUGGGUUGGGCCUCAUCAGGCCGAAGUCGAACAACAUCUCCUCAAGCUCUUCGCCGAGGCAGAGAAGAACUCACGCGUCAAGGGAAGGUCUCUCGAACAAGGCCGCGAUAACAUUAUCAGCUCCGUCCGUCGCGAGUUCGUAACCGCUGCUGUCGCGGAGUGGAACACCCGCCUUGCCAAGGUCGGCCUCGAGCCCGAGGACUGGGCGGACAUGACCCCCCAAGAGAUGCUCGAAGUCGAGCAAGUCCUUCUCUGCGAGGACACCAUCGACCCCUCUACCCUCACCACCCCUUCUCCCCCGUCGCUCUCUGAAAGGACGACCGUGGAAGCAGACCAGGCACCGCUCAACGCUGCGAAAGCGUUCGCCGCCCGGAGCGCUCAGCAGACUGCCCAAUCAGCGUCUGCUCAAAAGGGCAAACCUGCCCCCACUCAGCCCUCCUCGUGGUUCUCAUGGGGAUUCUCGCGCAGUGCAUCGGUCACUGAUGUACCCGAAGAGCCAGUCAAGAGCUCUUCGGGCGGGCCCUCCACGAGUGGUGCGAUCCUCGAAGAUGCGCGGACUCCUUCUCGGGCCGGUUUCACCCCAGCAUCGGCCAAGGUUUCCUCUGUCCAGCCCCCCACGCAGACCUCAGCCAAGUCCCCGCGCUCCGUCUCUCCUCCCGCGGCCCAGCCCCAUGGUCUCCUCACGUAUCCCGUCCCGGUCUCAAUUCUCAUGGCGCCUUUGGACGCCUCUGCCGGUGCUGACGCCGAGUUCUCGAAGAUGAUUGACAAUACCUUCGCCAAUUCUAUCCGGCAAUUCCACGAUCAGGCUGCCGAAAAGGAUGCAGAGUUGGCACGCUCGCUUCGUCAAGCCAUGCCGGAAAGCGAGCGUUCUUGGCUCAUCCGGGCGCACACGGUCAAAAUGGAGCAGGUAGCUCGCGAGAUCGUCGGGAUCCGCGACUCGAUCAUCACCGAGGCUCUCCGCGUUCGCAACCUCGGGGACCGCAACAAGAAAGCGGCCGAUUCUAUGCCGCCUUCCAAGCCGCCAGCAGUCGCUUUUCGGCCCCCUGGAGCAUUCCCUGGAGCGUCAGUACCCGAGAACGGACCGGAGUUCGAUUGGGACAUGGGCCUCGCACAGGAACCCGAGCCGGAACCCGAGCUAGAUGCUGACGUGGAUGAAGUCCUCGACACGGGUUCUAGGAGCAAGGCGGCCAAGAAGGGCAAGAAAGGCAAGGCGGUGGCUACCGGCAGGUCGACUCCGACUCCUCCCGUGAAGGCAACAACGCCGGCUCUCAAGGUUGCGCCGGUUGCGGUCGAGAAGACACCUGCGCCGACCCCUGUGGCUUCGGGUUGGGGUGCCGCCUCGAAGCUUGCUGCCACCUCGAACAUGCGCUCUGCAUCACCAGCGCCGACUUCGAGAGUCCCCCCGCCACCCAAGUCGGUGAAUUUCGCCGUAAACUCAAAUGAAACCACUACAGGUACCGGUACUCUUUCUGCGGGCUUGUCUCCCUGGGCGGCAGCUCAAGCAGCCAAGGCUGCGAAAGCCGUCGGCGUGGACGCCCCUCCGAAGCCUCCCUCUCCACCCACUGCUCCUGCGACUCCCUCCCCCGCUAGUGCGUGGACGUCUCCACCCCCCAUCCAAACGCGCACUUCGGGUGGUAAGAACGCCUAUGCUCCCACCCGCCCCAGCCGUCUCGGCCAGGUUGCAGAACCUCCCUCGCCUGAGGAACCAUCGCCCCCGCCAAUGCGCCGAGCUGCCGGUCGUGACUACCCAGCCUGGUUUGCGGGGUCUUCGUCCGAGGACGAAAGCGGCCGUGCCGGCGAUCGUCUCAGCGAAGAUGAGGACGAUGAGGAUGAGCUUGAUGAAGACGCCUCUCCCGGCAGUUUGGGUGGUGGAGGUCUCCUUGCCUCUCUCGCGGGCGCCUCUCCCUGGGCGCAAUGGACUAGCUCUCAGCAGCCCAAGCAACAGGAGCAGCGCGGCCGUACCGCCAGCCCUGCGCGCGGACGCUCCACUCCUACGCCGGCCAAGGUCGCUCCUGCUAGGUUCGGUAACGAGCCUACCCCUGCCAUGCAGCGCGGCAUGGACGGUGGCGGCUGGACUCGUUGGGGUGCUCCCUCGGGGGCCAGUCCUCCUAGCUUCCCCAGCUUCAGCGGUAGUGGCAGUUCCGCCAGCCCACCAGGGUUCCCCGAUUUCGGCGGUUCGGGCUCCUUCGGUGCGCCGUCUGGAUUCCCUAACCCCUCACGAGGUGGAUGGAACGCGGGUAUGGUCCAGCCCGGCAGUUCCCCCGAAGACGACGAGUUCGCGAUGCUCGACGUCGCCACCGAAGCACUCAACCGAUCCGGCCGGGGCGCGGCCAAUGUCGAAGACGUGAUGGCCAUGUACGUCACCGCGCAGAAGGCGCGCGAGACUACCGCUACUCCUGUACCCGUCGCCGUCGGUGGUGGACGGAUGGGCAGUGGUUGGAGGCGGUGA